AGCCGCUACCGCCACCGCCACCACCACCACCACCGUCGCCAUGCUGCGCCGCGGCUCGCGCCGACUGCUACGGCUCAAGUACCACGUGUCACCCGCGGCGCUGCCCUUAGACAUCGACGACACCGUUUCCUGCUUCUGCAGGAAGGCGCGGCGCAAGGAGCGCGAGGGCGAGCCGGCCGGCGAUCCCAAGCUGUACCUGCAGGAGGCGCUGCUAGAGCGCAAGCUGCCCGAGCUGGACAUGCGCCAGCUGGUGGAGCUACCGCGUGGCCUCGACUACAACGAGUGGCUCGCCUCCCACACGCUGGCGCUGUUCGAGCACGUGAACCUGCUGUACGGCACGGUGUCGGAGUUCUGCACGGCGGCGACGUGUCCCGACAUGACGGGCCCCGGCGCGCGCGCCUACGCGUGGUACGACGAGCGCGGCAAGAAGACGCGCGUCGCCGCGCCGCAGUACGUCGACUACGUCAUGACCUACACACAGAAGACCGUCACCGACGAGACCGUCUUCCCCACAAAGUACGUUCGUGUGGGCGCAGCGAACGAGUUCCCGGCGCAGUUCGAGGGCGUGGUGCGGCGCGUAGUGCGCCUGCUGUUCCACGUGGUGGCGCACCUGUACGCGGCGCACUUCCGCGAGCUGGCGCUGCUGCGGCUGCACGCGCAUCUGCACCUCACCUUCGCGCACCUCACCGCGCUCGACCGCCGCUUCGCGCUGCUCGACCACAAGGAGACCGAGGUGCUGCGCGACCUGGAGGUGGCGUUGCGCUUGAUCACGUUAGGGCUGUCACGCAUUCGCCGCAGUAGAGGCGCAGCGCUUCCGCAUGAUGGCAUCGAACCCGUCAGUACGAGAGUCCGCGAACAUGCCGAAGGCGCUGCAGUAACGCGGCAGCCCCAACAACAUCCUGAACGCGUUGUUGUAAUGCACACGUAG